GAAUCGGGGGUCACCGUGCGCAUGCGCAUCUGGAGUCCCAGGAGGGGGGAGCGUGCAAGAGAAACAGUCUCUUCUUUAACUCUUCCUGUGCCGGGCGCCGUCGACUCGGCGGCGGUUACUGGUACUGGUGGCGCGUCCUGACGCUGCAGCUUCGGCCCGCCAUCACGUGGGCGUGACGCACCCGGGAGAGGGGCGGAGAGACCGCAGGCUGCUCUGUGGUGGCAGUGGCUGGCGAUGGCCCAGGCUCCCAUGGAGGAGGAGGAGUGUCCCGAGCUGAUUCCCAUAGAGGAUCAGGAGGUUGCGGGAGAAGAGGCUGAACUCAGCCGCGGCACCAAGAUCCCAGUCACUAUCAUCACAGGCUAUUUAGGUGCUGGGAAGACAACUCUUCUUAAUUAUAUUUUGACAGAACAACAUAGCAAAAGAAUAGCAGUUAUUCUAAAUGAGUUUGGAGAAGGAAGUGCCUUGGAAAAAUCCUUGGCUAUAAGUCAAGGUGGAGAACUCUAUGAAGAAUGGCUGGAGCUCAGAAAUGGUUGCCUGUGCUGUUCAGUAAAGGACAAUGGCUUGAAGGCUAUUGAGAACCUGAUGCAGAAGAAGGGAAAGUUUGACUACAUAUUACUAGAAACCACUGGAUUGGCAGAUCCAGGUGCUGUGGCCUCCAUGUUUUGGGUUGAUGCUGAACUAGGAAGUGACAUAUAUCUUGAUGGUAUUGUGUCUGUUGUUGAUGCUAAGUAUGGACUGCAGCAUUUGACAGAGGAAAAACCUGAUGGCCUUAUCAGUGAAGCAACUAGGCAGGUUGCACUAGCUGAUCUAAUAAUCAUCAAUAAAACAGAUUUGAUUUCACAAGAAGAACUGAAUAAAAUAAGAACAGCUGUCAGGUCAAUAAAUGGACUUGUCAAAAUUUUAGAAACUCAAAGAUCAAGAGUUGAUCUCUGUGAAGUUUUAGACCUGCAUGCUUUUGACAGCUUAUCUGGGAUAAGUUUGCAGAAAAAGCUGCAGAAUGUGCAGACUACACACCCACACCUAGAUAAGAGUAUUGUUACAGUUACGUUUGAAAUAUUAGGAAACACAACUGAAGAAAAUCUAAAUGAAUUUAUUCAGAAUCUUCUGUGGGAGAGGAGUGUGAAAGACAAGGCUGGUCAUCCCAUGGAGGUCAUAAGACUCAAGGGGUUGGUGUCUAUUAAAGACAAAUCUCACCAGGUGAUUGUCCAAGGUGUCCAUGAACUAUAUGAUCUAGAAGAGACCAUGGUAAGCUGGAAAGAGGAUGAUGAAAGAACAAACAGAUUGGUUCUAAUAGGCAGGAACUUGGAUAAGGAUAUCCUUAAACAAGUAUUUAUAGCUACCAUGACAGAGAAACAGGAAAACAGUUGACAUCACACCACAAAGAAGAAGAAAAA